AUGACCGACAGUGGGCUUAGUGAUACUCAAGAAGAUUAUCAAAAGGAUUUGGAAACUGUCCCACCAGUAAAUUCUCAGGUACAGAAGACUACAAUUACAGGGAAUGCUGCCACCAAAGAUCAGACCCCAAACCCUGCCUCUGGUCUUAACAAAGACCACCAAGGAGUAGUGGUAAUAGGUCCGGGAAGUGAAGAUACAGGUGAUAAUUCAGAAAGUCCAGAUGAAACAACUGAUGGGAAAUAUCCAAAGGAUGAAAGAGAACAUGAGACCAAGUGGAGUUCUCAGGAUGGAGAACAAGGAUGCCACUUCCAUCCAGGCAGUCCAGGUGAAGGACCCUUGGAUGCAGAUCCUCACCGUUCUCCCAGUGAAAAGGUAGUACGAGCAGCUGCACACCUAGGGAGCAGCUCCGCAUCCCUCCUUGGGGGUGUGAGUGUCAGAACCGGAUCUUCACAGGAGCCACUUGCUCCAGACUCCCAGGAUGCUCAGAGUUCUGGUCCUUCCAGCGUGGGAUUGGAGAGCCAAGACACACUGAUGGCCCCAGAUUCUCAAAAGGAUUUGGAAACUGUCCCAUCAGUAAAUUCUCAGGUACAGAAGACUACAAUUACAGGGAAUGCCGCCACCGAAGAUCAGACCCCAAACCCUGCCUCUGGUCUUAACAAAGACCACCAAGGAGUAGUGGUAAUAGGUCCGGGAAGUGAAGAUACAGGUGAUAAUUCAGAAAGUCCAGAUGAAACAACUGAUGGGAAAUAUCCAAAGGAUGAAAGAGAACAUGAGACCAAGUGGAGUUCUCAGGAUGGAGAACAAGGAUGCCACUUCCAUCCAGGCAGUCCUGGUGAAGGACCCUUGGAUGCAGAUCCUCACCGUUCUCCCAGUGAAAAGGUAGUACGAGCAGCUGCACACCUAGGGAGCAGCUCCGCAGCCCUCCUUGGGGGUGUGAGUUUCAGAACCGGAUCUUUGCAGGAGCCACCUGCUCCAGACUCCCAGGAUGCCCAGAGUUCCGGUCCUUCCAGCAUGGGACUGGAGAGCCAGGACACACUGAGGAGGCGACUGGUGGCCCCAGAGGCUGGAAGUCAGCUAGAAGCACAAACAAUGGAAGAAAACGAAAAGAAAACGCAGGAUACCAGAAGAAAGAUGUUUAGAUAUUUGGGCCUUUGAUACAUCAUUUUUGUCCUUCUGGCCACGGCUCUGUGUAUUUUCGUGCUAAGUGCUAUUAGUAGCUACUAUUUUUCUCAAGCUCAGCAUGUGCACAAAAAUCCAGCUUUGGAUGCCUUCUUGGCUCAUUUCACUCAACUAAAGGAUAAAUUCCCCGGCCAGAGUUCCUUCUUGUGGCAGAGAGGACGUAAGUUUCUACAGAAGCACCUCAAUGUUUCCAAUCCCUCAGAGCCAGCCACCAUCAUAUUUACAGCCGCUCGCGAGGGAAGAGAGACCCUAAAGUGCCUGAGCUACCACGUUGCAGAUGCCUAUACCUCCUCCCAGAAAGUCUCUGCCAUUCAGAUCGAUGGGGCUGCAAGAACCUUACAGGACAGUGAUACAGUCAAGCUGUGGGUUGACCUUGAACUGAGUUCUGGAUUUGAGAAUGGCCAGAAAGCUGCUGUGGUACACCGCUUCGAAUCCCUUCCUGCUGGCUCUACCUUGAUCUUCUACAAGUACUGUGACCAUGAGAAUGCAGCUUUCAAAGAUGUGGCCCUGGUCCUGACUGUGCUACUCGAGGAGGAAACACUGGAAGCAAGUGUAGGCCCAAGGGAAAUAGAAGAAAAAGUUAGAGAUCUGCUCUGGGCCCGGUUUACCAACUCUAACACUCCCAAGUCCUUCAACCACAUGGACUCAGACAAACUUAGUGGUCUGUGGAGCCGUAUUUCCCACCUGGUUCUGCCUGUCCAGCCGGUGAAGAACAUAGAAGAACAGGGGUGCCCUCUAGAAAGCUAA